UUGAGAGUGCAAGAACUCACCGCAACUUCUUCCACCGAUCGAUCCUUGCGCAGGCCCGCCGAUCCAUCCUCCCUCCGCCUUCUCUUGCUCCCCCGCAAUCUGCAAUGCAAACCUCCAACGAAUUUCUUCCUCCUACUCCCAGUCCCAGCAAACUCGGAGCAACCAUCUGAAGCAGGCUAACCGUUCGACGAAAUGUCCCGGAGGAAGAAACCCAGAGCCGAGGCCGUCUCCCUCGACGCUUCCGCCGGCCUCGACCGCCUCAGCGCCCUCCCGGACGACCUCCUCCACAAGGUCAUGUCGUUCCUGAGGGCGUGGGAGGUGGCCCGCACCUGCGUGCUCUCGCGCCGCUGGCGUGACCUCUGGGCUUCCGCGCCCUGCGUCGACCUCCGGGUCUGCUGCAAGGCCCGGCACCGGCGCCUCCCCACGCGGCUCGCCAGCUUCGCCAACCACUUCCUGCUCCUGCGGGAGGCGUCCGCGCCGCUGGACGCCCUCCGGGUCCUGUCCAGCCCCCCACGCCAGGAUGCUCCACACAUGCCCUACAGUCCCCAGUACGACGACGACGGGGAGGACUACUCCUCUGAGGACGUCGAAAUGUGGAUCCGCGCCGCCAUAAACCGCAGGGCUCGCUUCAUCCAGCUCAGCCAUCACCCAAGGGACGACGACCUCUCCGACCUCGACAACGUGCCCCUCGUCUCCUGCCACCUCAAGCACCUGCAUCUGUCGGGCACAAUGCUGUACGACAAGACGCUGAGGCAGCUCUCCUCUCAGUGCCCUUCUCUGCAAGUCCUGGAGCUCAAGGACUGCUCCCUGGAUGGCCCCCACAUAUCAUCUGCCUCCCUUAUCACUUUGACCAUGGUCGAGUGCAGGAUCAUCAGGGACCUCACCGUCGCUGCUCCCAACCUCAUAUCGCUGCGCUGUGUCAAUCCAUACCACCAUGCUCCCUCGUUCGAAGACAUGGCUUCCCUGGCCACAGCCACAAUCAUGCUUAAUGACUCUUUCUUGCAUGAUGAGUUUGAAGAGAGGUACGCAGAGCCCGAUCCAGAGGUGUUUGAGUGUGACAGCGACUCAAAUGAUGACAGCGACGCUGAUAGCGACUUGAGUACAUGUGAUGAAUUCUAUGGUGACAAAGUUUUAGGUGGCCAAAAUGUUAUCCGCAGCCUGUCGAAUGCUACAAGUUUGGAGCUGAUAGCUGAUGCCGAAGAGGUAAUUCUGAAUAGGGAAUUGGAGAUGUGCCCAGUUUUUAGCAACCUGAAGGUGUUAUCCCUUGGUGAAUGGUGUAUGGCUGCUGACUUGCAUCCAUUAGUUUUGUUCCUGCAGCAUGCUCCAAAUCUCGAGAGGCUUUUUCUUAAACUCAAAACGGAACAUGAGGAAAUAGAUGACGAUAUCAAACCCGAGGGUACAUCAUUUGCUUGCGAAAACCUUACAAUGGUCAAUAUAAAAUGUCCCAAGGAUGAUGAAAGAGUUCCUGUGUUAGCACAGUUCUUCGUGGCUAAUGGCAUAGCGAUGGAAAAGAUAUCUGUCAAUCACCGGCCGACUCACCAACCUCGUGGUUGCUGCGGUGGUGGUGGCCGCGACGAUGCUGCGGUGGUGGUUGGCGGCUACGGCCAGGGGGUGGUGCGCAUCUGGGUGCGGUGGAUCGUGGGAUCCCGCGGUCAGAGUGAGGUCGACCUCGGCUGGGAUGGUGGAGCGUGGGCGGCGGUCGGUGGCGAUUGA